AGAUCUUUAUUGCACUAGAUAUACAAAAACUCCAGUUGAAAGCUUGGUGCCCACUGCAGUCUCCGUGGGAAGCUGUGUCAAGAGACAAGGCAUCUGCGCCAGAAGAAUGAAUGGUCUGAGUUGCAGGCUAAAGAGUCUGCACUGGGAGGCUGAAGUGUCUGCUAGAAGCUAGAGAUGACUUCCAAGAUGAUGACUGGCCUGGACUCAUGACGUCUUCUGAGAUAAAGGGAUUGAUUCUUCCGAAGGACAGUGGCUCUGAAACCUUCUGAGCAUAUUUGUGACUCAUUUUCAAGAAGAGUCCACUGCAUCCAUUAAAAAAAGGGAGCUUUGAAAAGCUAGAAGUAAAGUCUUUAAAUACAAUCAUUCUAAAUGGAAAGUGAGACUGAUAUUGUGGGAAAGAGACUGAUUCAGAAUUUCCUGAGUUCCAGUUUAUCAUUUGAGCUGAGUUUCGUGGCUCAAGUCAGUAAUUUCAACACUAAAGUCUUUGGGGGCAGGAGUACAACCGCGAGUUCGAGGUCAUCUUGGGGUAGAAAGUGAGCUCAAGAUCAUCAUGAGUUGCACAGCGAAACCCUACCUCAAAAAAGACAAAAAAUAAACAAUUUAUUAUUUUAGAUCCACUCCAGCUGGAGCAGGUUUGUUUUGCCUGUCACUCUCAGCUCAGCUGUCAGGCAAAGAAGCGGGAAUCCAUCAGCGAUGAACACUGUCUGAACUACCCAAUCAGGUGGCAAGAGGGGGAGGGCAUUUCCGGUGUCAUGGCGCCGCGGGAACCACUGUUCCUAUGACACCGACAGGACCCCACUGAUAGACCACCUUUUUCCGUGAUUUUUCCUGGCUGCGCGCUGCAUUGGAAAGAUCCUGGGAGACCUUCAAGCACGCAAUGGAAAUGUAUCUGUGAUUAUUUAGGAGCCAGUUUCCUUGGAGGAUGUUGCUGUGAACUUUACCAUGGAGGAGUGGGCUUUGCUGAAUCCAUUCCAAAAGGACUUAUACAGAGAUGUGAUGUGGGAAACAUUUAUGAAUAUGACUGCUAUAGGAAGGAUCUGGGAAAACCAGCAAAUUGAAGAAUACAAAAGUUGCUCAAGAAAUCUAAGAAAUGAAGAGGAAGCAAAAUGGUAUCCAUAUAAAUCUUGUGAUCAAUAUGGAAAUUUAUUCCCUUGUUCUCCAGAUGCUAAAGUGGACAUGCAGCAAGCUGCUUUAAAACCAACUGAAAGCCUUGCUUGUAGAAAGCCCCUGAUUGGGCAUUUAUCAAGAAUUGUUCCCAUUUUACCUUACAUUGGCCUGCAACCAGAUGAGUAUUUGGGAUUGGAUGAUAAGCUGAGUAAAUGUAUUGAGCAUGGAGAAAGCUGCAGUGAUUUUCAGUCCUUUAUGAAGCUUGCAGCAAUAAAGAUUGGAGAGACACCCUAUCAAUAUGAGCAAUAUGGGAAAACCUACUCUGCAUGUAAUGAAAGACCUGACCCUGGAGAGAAGACCACUGGAGGUAAGAAAAGUAUGAAAGCCUCCAGGACUCCCAGUGGUGUUCAAAUCCAUGAAAAUAUUUACACUGGUAAGAAACUGUAUGUAUAUAAGCAAUAUGGGGAAACUUUCAGUAUUCAGACUUCUAAAAUUCAUGAAACAUUUCACAUGGAGGAGAAACCUAAGGUAUGUAAGCAAUGUGGAAAAGGAUUUGUUGAUAAGCCUGCAUUUCAUAGACAUAGACAAACCCACACUGGUGAGGAACCCUAUGUAUGUAAGCUAUGUGGGAAAGCAUUUAGCACUCACAGUAACUGUCAGAGACAUAAAAGAAUUCACACUGGAGAGAAACCAUAUGUAUGUAAACAGUGUGGAAAAGCAUUUACUACAAAAUAUUACUAUAACAUACAUGAAAAAAUUCACACAGGAGAAAAACCUUAUGUUUGCAAGCAAUGUGGGAAAGCAUUCACUAUGCAGAUUACCUGUAAAAUACAUGAAAGAAUUCACACUGGAGAGAAACCGUAUGCAUGUAAGCAAUGUGGGAAAGCAUUUGGCACACAAACUCAGUGUAAAAUACAUGAAAGUAUUCACACUGGGGAAAAACCUUAUGUAUGUAAGCAAUGUGGAAAAGCAUUCAGUGUACACAGUACCUGUAAACGCCAUGAACGAAUUCACACUGGGGAGAAAUCCUAUGUAUGUAAGGAAUGUGGGAAGGCAUUCAGCACACACAGAUACUGCCAAAGACAUGAAAGUACUCACACUGGGGAGAAACCUUAUGUAUGUAAACAAUGUGGGAAGGCAUUUACUACACACCGUUUUUGUCAAAUACAUGAAAGAACUCACACUGGGGAGAAACCUUAUGUGUGCAAGGAAUGUGGAAAAGCAUUCACUAGAAAGAGCUCUUACAACAUACAUGAAAAAAGUCACACAACAGAGAAACCUUAUGUGUGCAAGCAGUGUGGAAAAGCAUUUACUACAAAGAGUUAUUAUAAAGAACAUGAAAAAAUUCACACAGGGGAAAAGCCUUAUGCUUGCAAGCAAUGUGAGAAGGCAUUUGCUACACACAAGUAUCGUCAAAGACAUGAAAGAACUCACAGUGGAGAGAAACCUUAUGUGUGCAAGCAAUGUGGGAAAGCAUUCAGUACACACCAAUGUUGUCAGAUACAUGAACGAACUCACACCGGGGAGAAACCUUAUGUGUGUAAGGAAUGUGGAAAAGCAUUCACUACAAAGAGUUCUUAUAAAGUACAUGAAAAAAGUCACACAGGGGAGAAACCUUAUACAUGCAAGCGAUGUGGCAAAGCAUUCGCUACACACCAAUACUGUCAAAAACAUGAAAGAACUCACACUGGGGAGAAACCUUAUGUGUGUAAGGAAUGUGGAAAAGCAUUCACUACAAAGAGUUCUUACAAUGUACAUGAAAAAAGUCACACAGGGGAAAAGCCUUAUGUGUGCAAGCUAUGUGGGAAGGCAUUUACUACACACCAAUACUGUCAAAUACAUGAAAGAACUCACACUGGAGAGAAACCUUAUGGGUGCAAGCAAUGUGGAAAAGCCUUUACUACAAAGAGUUCUUAUAACGUACAUGAAAAAACUCACACUAAGGAGAAACCUUUUGUAUGCAAGUAAUGUGGAAAGGCAUUUACUACUCAAAUAUUGUCAAAUACUUGGAAGAAUUCACACAGGUUGGAAGCCAUGUAUGUAAGCCAUGUAGAAAAAGAUUUGCUAGUAAGUUUUCAUUGUAUAUACAUAGAUCUCACACUGGGGAGAAACUUUUUAUAUAUAAGCAAUGUGGGGAAAGCAUUCAGUGAACACAGAUUUUAUCAACUACUUGAAAUAAUUACACUGGUGAGAAACUCCAUGUAUGUAAGCCUAUUGAAAAUCUUCUGAAAAUUUCUUAUAUAGUGGAGACCUGUCAGAUUAUAUGAAAAAUUGUAUAUCAUCAUUUCAUAAAUUUUUUUGAAAAUAAACUUUCAGGUAGAGAUAUCCUAGGAUCCUAUCCUUCUCUUUUUCAGUAAGUGACUUAUAAAUAUCUAAACUAAGUAAUUGUAGUCUUUACUGUAAAAAUAUUGACAUAUUUUUGUAAAGCCAUUGUCUUUGAACUUAAUACAUAGUAUCUUUUAAUUAAAUAAGAAGAAUUGUAAUGUAUUUCUCACUUCCAAGUAGAAUUAGUAUUUAUAUCAUUUUGAUUUUGUUUUGGUUUUAGUACUGGGAAGGAUAGGCCACUAAAAAGCCAAAAAAAAAUUUUUUUUGUUUUUUAAAUGAUGAGAUAUCCCAUUUACUUUGAUUUUAAUUUUUUAAAAAAAAUUUUAAUUUUAAUUUUCUUGAUGUAUAUACUUCACAUUCUUUGUAAAUAUUUUUUAAAUUUCAAGUUAUAGUAUAUAUGUAUAUGUAUGCAUACUUAGAGACAUAUAAACAUGAGUUUUGAAAAGCUGAAUUGUUUUCACACAACCUGUAUAUUAGUAAAUGUUUGUUUUUUCAUAUUCUAAUAGGAUACCUGGAUAUAUCUCAACAAAAUUAUAUCAAGUAUGUAAUUUUUCCAUUGAAAUUAUUGUUAAUAUUAUGAUUUACAUAAAUUUUGUUUUUUUACAAUCACCAUUUUACUUUUCAUGGUUAUAUUGUUAUAACUUCAAGUUUUGUGGUAAUUUUGCCAUCACUUCUAUGAAAAAAUAAAGCAUACUGCUGUUUUUGGUUGUGAGAGA